AGCCCGAGACACCAUUUGGCACGCGGGGUUUCCAAGGCCCAACCCGUCCGAACCCCUUCCGAUCCCCUCCUUUCCAUGCGGUUCUCAGCCCUCGAGGGGGGGCUCGAGGAUUUGGAGGAGACAUGCUGCCGCCGCCAGCUCAACACGCCGCCGUCCGACUCCUCCUCAAGACGCCACCGCCUGACGCCUCGACGCUGGCGUACCUCCUCCGCCCAACGCCUUGACGCCGAUUUCUUCCAGGCUGGCCAGUUCGAGACCAAGGGCGAGCGACAAGCCGAUCAUCGUCGACAUGGAAGCGGCCCUGCGUGCGGUGGCAGGGAAGUUGGCUGUGUGCCGGGUCCUAUCACCAUACCUAGUCAACCACAAGGCGGUCAUCAAUGACCUGAGAGGACCCUGGCGGCUUCACAGCGAUGCCGUGGGCCAGCGGGUCACCAGCAAGGACGGACGCUUCAUUAUCACCUUCUCGGAGGAUGGCGACCGACAACAUGUGCUGCGAGUUGAAACUUGGCAUUUCAGGAACAAUGCAGUGCUGCUCGCAGAGUUUGAUGGAAAACGGCAACCCCGCCGAUGUGCCCCUGGACUCCUUCAAGGUUUGGGGUGCAAAUCUGCGACUUGUCGGUGCCGAUCAAGACCGAGGAGAUGGGCCGGAUCCUUGGGGACAAGCUCGGUAUGGUUCUGGCGGUGUCGCAUCGGAACAAGCAGAUAGUCGACGAGCAUCUCCGAGUCCACGUCAUUCACCAAGUAGACGAGCCACUCAAGAAGACCGCGACAUCAUCCAUGUUGGAAGCACCGAGGAGAUUCAUUUUGAUGUUAAAUAUGAAAAACUCCCUAAUUUUUGUUUAUGUUGCAGUAUUGUGGGACACACUACGGCUAAAUUCUGUAGCAUACCAAAAGUGUUGCGCAAGGCGAACUACUCCACUGGCAUCAAGGCGCCGCCAUUCUGGAAGAAAAUCCAACGGCACCUCGACUUCGAGGGGCUGUUGGGUUCCCCUGAUCAUGAGGAUUCUUGGAAGAAGGCCAAGCUGCUAGACAAUGUGAUAACUGUGGUCACUACAGCAGUGAAAAAUCUGUCUGUGGCGGCUGCUCCGCUGCUUGCUUCAUCGGAUGGGGCUUAGACUGCUUCAGCAAGCACGGAGGCGCAGGUGCUAGGAGUCCCCCAGGAGGGGAGGCUUGUGUUGGCUGGAUCCGGCUCAAGUGUGGCCAAUGAUUUGUCUCAAUCAAAGAAGCAAGCUGGAACUGCUAUGGACAGGGUGGCUGAUCUCAACACCAACAUGAUCGACUCCCUGCCUAUGGCUACUUUUAGUCUCCAAGAGGACCAACAUGUGGGUGUUGCGGACGGAGAGGUUGAUCCCUUCACCAGCUCGGUCAGUCUCCUACCAGUGGUUGUUGCUGGUGCACAAGAGGAUUAUCACCGUACACUGGUGCGCUUCCUCGAGCCGGUUCGACCAUCACAGGAGGACAGGUCGGUCCUCUGCCUAGCCGUAUCUUGGGCAAGCUCCAGGAGGUUCAGGAAGGACCGCCUGGCUUUGCUGCUACUGGAGCGCUUGUGGCGGCUAAUGUUGGUGGCGCUCGUCAAGGUACUGGGCGCCCUAUGGUUGAUGCUUCUGGAGCAGAAACUAUAUGGGGGCACUGGAAGAGGUAUCAUAGAGAGGAGAUGAAAGAGCGUGUUAAGGUCCAGUACGCAGGCGUCAAACACGCCAAGUUUGGGGUUGUUACUCCCCCGAACAGUAUGAGCGACCUCUCGAGCCGUAAGGUUGCUUUCGCCACCAUCCUUCAGAGCACUGCUAGAAGUAAGAGACGCUUCGCUGAGGAUCAAGAAUUCUUUAUCAACAUGAACAAUAAUAGUUUUGAGAGUCUAGAAUUUAGGGGCUCUGAUGAUGUGAGUGUGUCAUGUAAAAGAGUGUGUGUGUUGAGGCUCAUCUAGGUGUUGAUGGGUUUGUAACUCAUGUAACUCAGCAAGUUGAUGGGGGUGAGGAGGUCUUAGAGGAUAGGAGAGAGUUUGUAGGUGAAGAAAAAGAGGAAGGUCCCAACCUUUAGGAAGCUACCGGCCCUGGGGCUGCCGGUCAACUAACGGGCGCGCAUGGUGACGCCCGUCAGGAGCCAUGAAAAUGCUAAGCUAGAACUGUCGAGGCUUGGGUCAACCUUGUACAGUUCAAGAGUUGGUGUGCCUCAAUAAGACGCACAUACCCAAUGUUGUCUUCCUUUCAGAAACAAGAAAAAUUAAAAGAC